GACUUUUCGUCUCUCCCUGGCUUCUCCCGAACGCGUCUAUGAGCGCAGCGUUCCCGCCGUCGCUGAUGAUGAUGCAGCGCCCGCUGGGGAGUAGUACCGCCUUCAGCAUAGACUCGCUGAUCGGCAGCCCGCCGCAGCCCAGUCCCGGCCAUUUCGUCUACACCGGCUACCCCAUGUUUAUGCCCUACCGGCCGGUGGUGCUGCCGCCACCGCCGCCGCCGCCUCCCGCGCUGCCCCAGGCAGCGCUACAGCCCGCGCUGCCGCCCGCGCACCCUCACCACCAGAUCCCCAGCUUGCCCACCGGCUUCUGCUCCAGCCUGGCGCAGGGCAUGGCGCUCACCUCCACUCUCAUGGCCACGCUGCCCGGCGGCUUCUCUGCGUCGCCCCAGCACCAAGAGGCGGCCGCCGCCCGCAAGUUCGCUCCGCAGCCGCUGCCUGGAGGCGGCAACUUCGACAAAUCCGAGGCGCUCCAAGCCGAUACGGAGGACGGCAAAGCCUUCUUGGCCAAGGAGGGCUCGCUGCUCGCCUUCUCUGCGGCCGAAGCGGUGCAAGCGUCGCUCGUCGGGGCUGUCCGAGGGCAAGGGAAAGACGAGUCAAAGGUGGAAGAUGACCCGAAGGGCAAGGAGGAGAGCUUCUCUCUGGAGAGCGAUGUGGAUUACAGCUCAGAUGACAAUUUGCCUGGCCAGACUGCUCAUAAGGAAGAAGACCCCGGCCACGCACUGGAGGAGACCCCGCAGAGCGGCGGUGCGGCAGGUAGCACCACGUCCACAGGCAAGAACCGGCGGCGGCGGACUGCCUUUACCAGCGAGCAGCUGCUGGAGCUGGAGAAGGAAUUCCACUGCAAAAAGUACCUCUCCCUGACCGAGCGCUCACAGAUCGCCCAUGCCCUCAAACUCAGCGAGGUGCAAGUAAAAAUCUGGUUCCAGAACCGCCGGGCCAAGUGGAAACGUGUCAAGGCAGGCAACGCCAAUUCCAAGACGGGGGAGCCCUCUCGGAACCCCAAGAUCGUAGUCCCCAUCCCUGUCCAUGUCAGCAGGUUCGCUAUUCGAAGUCAACACCAGCAGCUGGAGCAGGCCCGACCCUGAGGGCCCAGCCAGGGUGGACACCACCGUGGAGAGGCCCUAACACUUGAGGGAACCCGUGUCAGACUCCACUCUUUAAAGCAGAACUCAGAGGCACCUCCCAGAUGUGGACAUCCCAAACAAAAUGAGAGUAUAUUCAUUAGACCAGCUUAAAGGGGGCUACAGCCACACCAGAAGAUACACUAAAUAUUUAUUAUACAACCCUACUUUGUACAUAGAUCUCUAUAUAGACUGGAUCUCAGCUGCAGUGUUUGGAAAGGGAUAGGAUCAAACCUCUCCACUUACACUUUCCAGAUGAAACAAAACCACCACUGUACUGUCUCCUUCAGCGACCACUUCCCAUACUUUCCCAAAGGUAAACGGGAGACCCAAGAACACUGCGGUUUAACCUCAUUUUCUUGUUUGUUUCUAUUCUGGCUUUUUGAGUUGAGUGCAGAGCAGUCGGUUUUUUGGUUU